GGGCAGAUGCGGGGACCGGCCGCGCGACUCCAGCCCGGGAGCGGUGGUCCCGACAGUACCCCGAUUCGCAGGGAGUCGCCGCUGGAGAGGGGCUCGGCGCCCGGCGGGGACUGCAGGCAAUGACUCAGGAUGCAGCCAGGGGCCACAACGUGCACAGAGGACCGCAUCCAGCAUGCCCUGGAACGUUGCUUGCACGGGCUCAGCCUCAACCACCACUCCACCUCCUGGUCAGCCGGGCUGUGUCUAAACUGCUGGAGCCUACAGGAGCUGGUCAGCAGGGAUCCCGGCCACUUCCUUAUCCUCCUGGAACAGAUUCUACAGAAAACCCGAGAGGUGCAAGAGAAGGGUACCUAUGACCUUCUCACCCCCCUGGCCCUGCUCUUCUACUCCACUGUUCUCUGUACACCACACUUCCCACCAGACUCCGAUCUCCUUCUGAAAGCAGCCAGAACUUACCACCGAUUCCUGACUUGGCCUGUUCCUUACUGCAGCAUCUGCCAGGAACUGCUCACCUUCAUUGAUGCUGAACUCAAGGCCCCAGGAAUCUCCUACCAGCGACUGGUGAGGGCUGAGCAGGGCCUGCCCAUUAGGAGUCACCGCAGCUCCACUGUCACCGUACUCUUGCUGAACCCAGUGGAGGUGCAGGCCGAGUUUCUCACCGUGGCCAAUAAGCUGAGUGCACCUGAGCAUUCACCCCACAGCGCCUAUAUCACCCUGCUCCUGCAUGCCUUCCAGGCUACCUUUGGAACCCACCUUGACCUUCUGGGUCUGCACUGUAGGCUGCAGUCCAAGACCCUGGCAGAGCUGGAGGACAUCUUCACGGAGACUGCAGAGGCACAGGAGCUGGCAUCCGGCAUUGGGGAUGCAGCCGAGGCCCGGCAGUGGCUCAGGACUAAGCUGCAGGCGGUGGGAGAGAAAGCUGGCUUCGCUGAUGUCUUAGACACUGCAAAACCUGGCAAGCUCCACACUAUCCCCAUCCCUGUCGCCAGGUGCUACACCUACAACUGGAACCAGGACAGCUUUGACAUCCUACAGGAAAUCCUGCUCAAGGAACAGGAGCUGCUCCAGCCAGGGAUCCUGGGGGACGAGGAGGAGGAGGACGACGAGGAGGAGGAAGAGGACUUGGAAACAGAUGGGCAUUGUGCCAAGAGGGACUCACUGUUCUCCACUAGCUCGGAGGCCUCCCGUGACUCCUCCCUGUCCCUUGCCUCGUCCCAGGCCUCCGGAGCCACCCUCUCCCGCCAGCUGCUGAACUCCUUUGUCUCAGGCCUCUCGGAUGGCGUGGACAGUGGCUACAUGGAGGACAGUGAGGAAAGCUCCUCUGAGUGGCCCAAGAGACCUGGCAGCCGGGAGCGCCGGGGCUACCGCAGGCCGGGGCAAAAGUUUAACAGGAUCUAUAAACUCUUCAAGAGCACCAGCCAGCUGGUGCUGCGGAGGGACUCGGACACGGGCCUGCCCCUGCGGCGGGCUGGGAGCCUCUGCAGCCCCCCGGAGGGCCAGGCACUGACCCCCUCCCGGGCCCAGCGCUCCCGCUCCCUGCCCCAGCCCAAGCUCAGCACCCAACUGCCCGGCUGGCUCCUGGCCCCAGCCUCACGCCAUCAGCGCCGCCGCCCCUUCCUGAGUGGGGAUGAGGACCCCAAGGCUUCUACACUACGCGUUGUGGUCUUCGGGUCCGAUCGGAUUUCGGGGAAGGUGGCUCGAGCGUACAGCAACCUGCGGCGGCUGGAGAACAACUGCCCGCUCCUCACACGGUUCUUCAAGCUUCAGUUCUUCUAUGUGCCUAUGAAGCGAAGCCAGGGGGCCGGCUCCAGUGCCUGCCCAGCCACUCCGAGCCAGACACCCCUACUCCCCACAGACUCCCCGAGGCACCCCAACUCUACAGAGCUGAGCACAGCCCCAUGGGAGGAGAGCACCAACGACAUCUCCCACUACCUCGGCAUGCUCGACCCCUGGUAUGAGCGCAACGUGCUGGGCCUCAUGCACCUGCCCCCUGAAGUUCUGUGCCAGCAUUCCCUGAGGGCUGACUCGCGACCCCUGGAGGGCUCCCCCACCCAGCUGCCCAUCCUGGCCGACAUGCUGCUCUACUACUGCCGCUUCGCUGCACGCCCGGUACUGCUGCAGGUGUAUCAGACAGAGCUGACCUUCAUCACUGGGGAGAAGACGACAGAGAUCUUCAUCCAUUCCCUGGAACUGGGUCACUCUGCUGCCACACGUGCCAUCAAGGCUUCAGGUCCUGGCAGCAAGAGGCUAGGCAUUGACGGGGACCGGGAGGCCGUCCCUCUAACACUACAGAUCAUUUACAGUAAGGGAGCUAUCAGUGGACGAAGUCGCUGGAAUAACAUGGAGAAGGUCUGCACCUCAGUCAACCUCAACAAGGCCUGCCGGAAGGAGGAGGAGCUAGACUACGGCAUGGAGGCCCUGAUGCUAAACCUGACAGAAGUGGUGAAAAGGCAAAACCCCAAAUCCAAGAAGGGCUUUAACCAGAUUAGCACAUCGCAGAUCAAAGUGGACAAGGUGCAGAUUAUCGGCUCCAACAGCUGCCCCUUUGCCGUGUGUCUGGACCAGGACGAGAGGAAGAUCCUGCAGAGCGUGGUCAGGUGUGAAGUCUCACCUUGCUACAAGUCAGAGAAGAGCAGCCUCUGCCCUGAAUCCCAGAGGCCCCCGCACCCACUGGCCCAGCCUGCGCCCAGCCUCUGCUCCCUUCUGUGCCUGCCCAUCAUGACUUUCAGUGGAGCUCUGCCCUAGUGAGACCCCACACCAGCCUGAGAAAGCCCAGAAGCAGCUUCUUCUGAGCCUCUUCCCAGACAGUGGGCUGUGAGGGCCUCGCUUCUUGUGGAGAAGCAAAUAGCCCGCGCUAGGUCAGGGUCCAGCUGUGGGCCCUGCACUGGGCAGGGGGCAAGGGGGUGAUGGUUUCUGGGACCUCAGUGCUCUGUUUGGGCAAACACAGGCAUUAGGGAGAGAGGUGCCUGGCCACACACAGCCCUUCAGAUUCCUCAAGGUAGAAAAGAGAACUGACCUCUAGCCGGGCCACUGGCCUGGUCUAGGACCCCUUCUAAAAGAAAGAUCUGAGGCUCUGGUGCUCCGGGGUGUGGUUUGGGCCUCUCCUCCCAAUCUGUGGCCAGGCCCACCCUUUUUCUGUGAAAGACCUGAGGAAUUCUGUGUGUCUGGAGUGCAGUCUCCUCUGCUUUAGAAAGUGGAUGAGACUUUUCUUUCCUGACCUUCAGUACUAUCCCCCCACCCCCUUCCCCCUCCUCCUCCUCCUCCUCCUCCGCCUUCUUCCUCCUUCUCCUUCUCCUUCU